AUGCAUUCAUACAACACACAUUCCGCUCUCGCCGACUGUGGCCGUCUCAGACGAGCCGGUCACUGUCCGAGCCCUCGGCCCAUGUGCUACUACAUGUCGAGGCAUACUCAGGCCCGGGGGCCAGCGGUAGGCAACAUGUCUCCGUCCGGCCGACGCCAACUGCCAGCCGGGCCUCGUGCCAAACAUGUCUGUCGCCGGGCUGGCCUUUACCCGCGAUUGCUACCGUCCACCGUGGCCCGGAAACACACGCGCAUGGGCCGGCGUUUGGUCAGGCGACCGGAACCACUUUGCGCCUCCGCGCCCGCACUGCCCCGGCCCGGCCGACUCGGCCACAUACCGACCCCCGCGCCCGACGGGUCGGGCUGUCUGGCCGGAUCCGACCGGUCCGGGCGACACGGUCUCGACGCAGCCACGGCGACCCCGACGGCUCGGUCAGUUGGCUCCACGGCGUCGUGCAAGCAUGCGCCAACUCGGCAUAAACACUCACGGAUUGGACCCAACGACGCCAGGAUCAAGUAA